AUGAUUGCAUUCUUUUUUGUUUUGUAGACUGGGCAAUGAUGACAACCAGUUUGAGAUCAGCAUGGCUAACAGUGGAUGCGAGGUGCAUCGCUUCGAUCCCAGCAUUAAGUCAGCACACAUCCAGGAGGGUCAGCACCUCUGGUAUCAUCGCCUGUCCGUUGACUGGAGGGAUCCCAACCCAGCCAUUGCUGCACACAAACUUCACAGCAACACAAAGAAGCUGGGCACGAUAUUGAAUGAAUUUGGACAUCAGAAGAUUGACGUCCUCAAGGCAGAUGUGGAGAGUGCGGAGUGGAAAAUUUUGGAAAACCUGAUUCUGGAAGAUGUUGUUGAGCAGAUAGGGCAGCUGGUCUUUGAGGUGCACAUCCACUGGCCUGGUUUUGAGGUCAGCGGCAAUGACAGCACUGUGGUGCGGUACUGGUACAGUCUGCUCCGAGAACUGGAGCUGAAGGACUUCAGGCUUUUCCAUACCUACAAAGACUUAACAAAACCGCAGAUGUUUCUGAAAAAGGAAGCCUUCAACGCCAGUAGCUGUUACACACUGAGCUGGGUGAAUACAAGAUGGAAAUAGCAGAAAGGAAUCUAUGACGUGUGACUGUGAGCCAUCUGUCCCAUAACAUUAUUAAGGAGGACCUUAGAGUCACUGGCUGAAGUUGCCGAAUAAGCAUACAGCGAUUGCUGGUGGAAUGGGCUGGCAUUUGUUUUUAAACACUGUCAAAAGAGCUAAAAGUGGAGCCUGGUCUUUUUGGCUUGUUUCUAGUUCAGGUGAAGUUCCACAGUGCCUUUUCUAGCACUGCAGCUGGCUGCCUCCUGACUCCUUCCCAUAGAGCUCCCUGGCCCUGCCUCUCUCCCUGCCAGGGGCACACGGAUGCUUGCAGAGGUGGUGGUUCUGAUCUUGGGGACACAGGAGCAUGUUCUGCUCUGCAUGUGGGCUCUGAGCGCUGGCAUGCAAGAUGGAUGCAGGGUGCUCCCAACAACCCAGCUCAGCCAUUCCCUUAGAAGCUAAGCAAUGAGAGGGAGCUAAAAACUAUGUAGCAGGUGGUUUAUUGUUAUUUUAAUUAAUAAUUUUGACAUUAAACUUUGCAUUGAAAUACAAGAUCA